ACGAUGUCGAUGGAACCAGAACCUCCAUUUCGUGCGAUGGUCAGAGCGAGUGGGCUGGGAGAGGUGUGGACGCACACUCAUGAUAUUGAAAAGUUUGACCAGUUUGGUUGGCGGUGUACGAAUAAGGAGAAUUCAUUUGCAAACGACACAUUGGUAGGAAAUUGGAACGAGCAAAGAUUCGACAUAGAAAAAAUCAAAGAGGCAAAACCUCUUCCAUCGCAGUAUGAUCACUACUUUGAAUCAACUUAUGGCACGAACUACAACAGACAACCAUACAAAGUACCAGAGGAACUAAAACAUCUAAAAGCUCGUCACAGUCACGCUUUCCCAGGACAUCAACCAGAAAUUGACAGUAAAUCUUCAAAAGCUGUCUACAACAGCUGGGAGACCACAACACGAUCUUCUUUUGUUGAUCCUCGUAUCCGUGUUCAACCUCUCCAACCUCCAACACAGGAGAGUCCUAAUGAAGGUCCUGCUCAGUAA